AUGGACAGCAUAUAUAGCAAUCCUCUCGCGGACGACGAAGAGGUGCUUGCCUCUCUGACCCCGGUGGACUCAGCGCAGCCGCAGCAGCCCGCCACAACAGCCGUUUCGAUCUCCGCAUCAGCGGAUGGCCAAGUCCAGUACGAGCCAGCGGCUGUAUCGACCAACGAGCAGUGGUCGCUAUGCCAUGCGAACCUCCUUGAGCCCGCCAUGGCGAAGACGUCCGUGGCACGGGCCGCUGAGGUACAGCUUACAGAGCCGGAGGCCGACAAUGAAGAGGCAGUAGACGAGGCUGACGAUGACGACGACAGCAACAGUGGCGACGGCGACGAUGGCGCCUACGCAGCCGAGUACCGCAGCUUACUAUUUCGUGUGGCGGAAAUGGAGGCGCAGGAGCAGCAGCGAGCUCGCCAAGGCGGCUUCGCGUUGCGCAUGGCACAGCGAGAGACAAGCCUGAUGACGGAGGUGGCAGCACAGCAGCAGGUCUAUCUGGCGUCACAGACAUGUAGCGCGUCGUGUCUGCAUGCCAGUGGUGGCGCUAAAGCCUCUACUAACGCGAGCGCGGAGUCUGAGAAGCAGAUUGCUCUCUCUUCCGCCAGCGCUUGGCCAAGUGCCGAAGACGUCACAGCGGAUGUGGCGACAGACGCUCGACUAGCAUGUUUGGCUCAUCGCAUGGAGCAUGCUCAGCUGCAGUAUCGCCGCUGCACCGAAGCGGCGGCACUUCUGCGCUCCCACACACGAUUGAUGCGUGCUGAGGCGGAGCGUCAGGAGAGAUGGACGGCGGAAACCGAGGAACUUUUGUGCCGCCUACACGAGGACGCGGGUCUCGCCGACGCAGUGUCGACCUCUGCUGCGGAGCAACGACAGGAGGGGCUCGACUGUGAGCGUCCUUUGACCGCUUCCCCACUCGCUGCGUCUCCUGUGAACGACAUGUGGCAGAAGCAAACAAACGGGCUGACCACCCUCGGGGGAACUCUGGCGAAGGUGCACACGCUCUUCAGUGAUCCAGAGUGCCGCACCAACAUGUCCAUCAUUGCAACAGCGCUGACGGAGGUGGGACGUCGGUGCCAGUGCUUACUGCAGGAGCUACAGGCUCUCGCAGAAGUGGAGCUGCAGACCGAGGCAGAUUUGCGGCAGCGUCGUGUGCACGCGCUGGAGUGGAGCCUCUUCGCGGCACACGCGCAGCAAGCGCUCGAGUUGCGAGACUUGUACUCGCCUAUGACCCUAGCGGAGAUGCGGGCGAUGGGACUGCGAAAAAUCUUGCUGCGCCGCCGGCAAGAGUUACAAACCGUGUUGACACUGGUCGUCCUGCGUAGCGCGGAGAGGGCCGUAACCGCCGCUGCGUCUUGUUCUGUUCGCGUGCCACAGCCGCCGUGCAUCUUCUCCUCACCGCCACACGAGGUGACACCGGAAAAGAUGAAAGCCGUCACGGACACGUGCACGCGACACGAAGGGCUGCGGGACCGCUUGCUGCGAGAGCUUCUUUACCUGAAAAAGUGCGCGCGUCGCGUCCUCGGUGCAGCGUGGGUCUCGCAAACGGAGGCCACCGCAAUCGCUUCGCUGGCAGCCACGGCAGAUACCAGAGGGCACUCGCGCAUGGUGGAGGAGGUGCUGGUGGAUAAUCUCCGCCGUGCAAGUUAUGACGGCCUGGCGCGCCUCAUUGCGUUUGUGGCAUCGACGCCAAAGCCGCCGGACGAGCGAGACGACGCUGCCAGGGGCAAUAGUCGUAACCCACACGAAGAUGUUGACGCCGAAGGUAAAACGCAGGAUGAAGGCGAUGGACUUGCGCCGUUACCGCGCUCUCACGCAUCUGCGCCUGUGGCUCCGCUGGCCACCCACGUUCAGGUUCUCUCUCUUCUGGAGGCGGUACAGACACGCGCCAACUCGCUUGUCUCUCUUCUCGCCGAAAACGCAAAACACUGGCAGAGAACUCAGGAUGUUGUGGCAGAAGCGGAAGUGUGUACCCAUUCCAGCGACGAUGCCUGGUGCCGCACUGCCGAGUUGCUCCUGCGCCGGUGCAUGGAUGCGGAUGCCGCGGAGCCCUUGCCGAGUGACACACACAGCGACGAUACCGACUUGCACAGCCCGCGCACCUCUCCUCUCCUGCUGCAGGAGCAGCAGCUGCUCGACAGCUUGCACGCCUCCCAGGCAACCAUUCUCGAGGAGAUAAACGCCGCACUUGCGCAGGUACACCACAGGUGCACGGCGCCCCUCGAGCGCGAGAAGCGAGAUGUUGCUCUACUGAUCCGGCUUCUGCAGCUCUCUGACGAAGCGGCUGAGUCAGAAUUCCAGCGGGGUGACGCCAGCAGCGCCGACCUACUCGUCACAAGCACCACCCCAGCACUGGAAAGCGCUAUGCAGCUGCUAACGUGCGCCGAGGAUUGCGAGCGUGAAAGCGAUGGCGUGGGCAAAGAUCGACUUCUAUCGCAGGUGCGCGUCCCACAGUUGCCGCUGCGCGUGGAUGCGGUUCAGGGUACCAUCAGCGCGCUCUCUGCCAAUUGGAAGGAUAGCCUCGUAGCCGAGACUGCAGAGACUCGGGCGAAAUUUGCAGAGACACAGGCGAAGCUGGAUCGGUACGCUCAGUACUCGAUGGCAGAGGUGCCGUCGCUGCUAGAGAAGGCGCUCGCCGAGGCCAAGGCAUUGCAGGAGCGCGCAGCCGAAUGCACUGCGCGCAACAGCAGUGCCGCUUCUCUUGCUGCCCAAAUCCAGCAGCAACGCACGUUGCUGACCGACACCACAACAACGGAGCGGAACGUGCUGGCGGCUGCCGUGCAGCAGGCGCGACUCGAGGUGAAAGCAUUGCAAACGCAGGUGGCUCAGGUGCAGAAACAGAAGGAUUUGUCUGCAGCAGAGUCGCUCCACCGUUGCGAGUUAGGGGAGGCUGAAGCGGUUGCGUGGAAAUCCCUCCUCCUGGAUGAUCCUGGGCAGCAUCAUGCGGGGAACGCUGACGGUGCCGGCGCUGGCGCGAUCAACGACGAGGACAGCGUUGACAUAAAGCAUGAGACCCCCGACUCUCCUCUGAAAGUGGCGACAGACGUAAAGGCGGAGGAGGAUGAGAGAGUUCGGGAGGUUGGCGGCGGCGCAGCAGAGUCCGAGGUCGCAUCAGCGAAGCGAGAUGAUGCAACCGAGGGGCGCGAGAUCACGAGGGAAGAAGAGGCGGAAGCAGGCACAGAUGACGGCGAAGGUGGUGACGAACAGGAGCAGCAGUUUGGCGAUGAGCCGGCAGAGGAGGUCGCCGCGGGUGGCGAGCCUGAGGAGCGCGACGGCGAUGCCCUCACUUUUGCCGGGAAGGAGCCGAAUGGAGAAGGAGCAGAUGAGGAAGCCCAUCCACGGCAAGUGCGCGAUGACACUGGCGCCGAGGACGAGGAGGCUGUGGGCGAGCAUCACGCCGCCGAGGGGGUCCCCGAGGAAGAGCAGGACGAUGCCCAGUCGAGAAAAGACGAACACACUACACAAGAUCGCGUGGACGCGGCGCCACAUCGCACCACCGCGGCCAGCACCAGCGAAUUGGUAGAAGUGAUGCCACAAGUGGAAAUGAAAGGCAAGAAGAAGACCAGGAAGCGUCCCUCGAAGAAGAGUGCACAGCGUGAGGUGCAGCAAGGUCCGCGUCAGGACGUGCACCAGCAUCAGCAGCAGCAGCAGCAACAGCAGCCGAGUAUCCUUGGUGAGUCCAUCCUCGGGCACGUUGAGGCGGUGCAGCGACCGCCCGUAUUUGACAGUGCAGCCGGCAACCCUUUCUCACAUUACCCGCCUCCAUCCGUGUUUCCGACCGAGCCGGCGAACCGACCGGUUUAUGACGACAACCCGUUCUACUCCGGCUUUGGUUUUGAGGAGGAGUAG